AGCCUAUCAGCCUUACUCGGCGGAAAGCCACCAAGCAAUGCCGCAGCUACCCAGAGUAAAGACAACAAUUGGAGAAUAACAGCAUCACAGCUUCAGGCUGUACUCAGCUUUGCACAAGACUCACAGCGGUUCAAGAACAGAGACGACCCUACAGUAUAGAACCUAUACACUACUACAUCCUCCUAUCUCUCUAUCUCCCCCCU